AUGUCCAAAGACCCCUAUACGACGUAUGAGGGCGGGGCUGGCGUCGCAGACAUCGCUGCUGCUGCUACAUGCGCUGCCACAGCCUUUCCAAACCCUAUGGGCGGGAUCCAAAACGCCCAGGCCGCAUACCACAACCACAAAUUUAUGAAGCUGCGACAUGAGGGGAACAAACAGGCCCUGGCAAAUGGGCCCGCGGGGGAAGAGAGACGGCGCCAGUGGUCAUCACCCCAGAUGAUGGCUACGCUGGAAAAUGACCUUCCGAUGGAUAACGUAGGCCGUCUCAUUGAUGACAAGAGGGCCAUGAGGCCCUCGGAGCACUUCCCAGAGAAUGACUUCACUGGGAAGCAUGGACUUUCGAAGUCUGAGGCUGGUGCUCUUAUGCAUAAAUUCGAGAAAAGGAGCGCUGAGGCAAAGAAGGUUGAGACAAAGAAGGAUGAGACGAAGAAGGAUGAAAUAAAGAAGAAGAAGUGGUUCCAUUAA